AUGGCAUACGUAUUCGAAGAUUGCGUAGACAGGAAGGUCGUGAACGCUGAUAGAAGUCCGCAUUGGGCCAAGAAAGUGAUGGGGGUGCAUCCUGGGCAUGAUCACGUAGAUACGUUACCCGGAGGCCGUCUGAUAGCUGGAGCUGGGUUGGAUAAUUCUGAGAGGCCCCGACUUGAGCUCCUCUAUUACUUGCAACCCAAGAUACCCGAAGCAGGAUGUUCAAUGUUACCUCACGUCGUCUCAGCUCUCGAGUUCGCCAUUUGCUGCCGUGGCAUUGCUGCAGUUACAUACCCAUGGAAAGCCUUGGUGAUUCGGCCAGGAUGUCGUGUUACAGAUUCGCGACGACCAAUUAUCCUUACCAGUCGGCACUCCAACCACUCGGGUACAUCGACCUUCUUCCAACGCGAAUCACCACUGCUUUUGACCACCUCCCACAAGCCGCCCAACCCUCGUCAUUUUCGACCGAACGGCGACGACUCAUAUGGCCCUCGAUUAGGCGACUUACCCCCCUUCCGCAAUUCCGAUUACUUUCUAGUCUCUACGCCCGUAGACGUGGACGACCUCGUAUUUUGGAAACGGAAGACGCGCACAAUGGCCAACGUGAGGCAUGUUGGAAAUACUUCUUCACCUUCCACCGUCAUAGUCCAGUACGUGGCGAGCCGAGCCAGUGUCCUUCGACCCAAUUUGGCUGCGGCUGCUGAAGCUGAAGACCGACUCCAUGCGCCUUCAGACUCCGGGUGUCCUUUCCCGUCUUUAACCUCCUUCUACAAUCACGGUUUCGGUGCCUUCCAUGCCGUUCUUUUCGACCUUGGCGCCCAAUGA